CGUAAACCGGUGAAUGGCUCCUGUGUAGCCAAAGGGGAGAAAGGAGGGAGCCGGCGAGCGUGCGCGGCGGCCGCUGCCUUUCCCGUUGAGGCGCUGAGAGAUCAUGGAUCCCAACCGAAUUAUCCAGGCGCUCAAAGGCACCAUCGACCCCAAGCUGCGCCUGGCGGCCGAGAAUGAGCUCAACCAGUCCUACAAGAUAAUAAACUUUGCUCCCAGUCUGCUGCAAAUCAUUGUUUCUGAUCAAGUGGAAUUCCCAGUCAGGCAAGCAGCUGCUAUUUACUUGAAAAACAUGGUGACACAAUACUGGCCAGACCGAGAGCCCCCGCCAGGAGAAGUGAUAUUUCCAUUCAAUAUUCACGAAAAUGAUCGUCAGCAGAUUCGGGAUAAUAUUGUAGAAGGAAUUAUUCGUUCUCCAGACUUAGUGAGAGCCCAGCUGACAAUGUGCCUUCGUGCUAUUAUUAAGCAUGACUUCCCAAGUCACUGGACAGCAGUGGUGGACAAGAUUGGGUUUUACCUACAGUCGUCCAAUAGCGGAAGCUGGCUUGGAAGCCUCUUGUGCCUGUACCAAUUGGUAAAAACCUAUGAAUAUAAGAAAGCUGAGGAACGAGAGCCUCUCAUUGCCGCAAUGCAAAUAUUCUUGCCUCGAAUUCAGCAACAGAUGAUCCAGCUUCUUCCUGACAACUCCCACUAUUCUGUGCUUCUUCAGAAACAGAUCUUGAAAAUUUUCUAUGCACUUGUUCAGUACGCUUUGCCACUUCAGCUGGUGAAUAACCAAACGAUGACUCAGUGGAUGGAGAUUUUCCGGACUGUCAUUGACAGAAGUGUGCCUCCUGAAACUCUGCAGGUUGAUGAAGAUGAUCGGCCAGAAUUGGUGUGGUGGAAAUGUAAGAAGUGGGCUUUUCGGAUUGUUGCUCGUCUUUUUGAAAGGUAUGGUAGUCCUGGAAAUGUAACAAAAGAAUAUUAUGAAUUUUCUGUAUUCUUCUUGAAAACCUAUGCUGCGGGAAUCCAGCAGGUACUCCUAAAAAUCUUGGAUCAAUACAGGCAGAAGGACUAUGUAGCUCCACGUGUCCUUCAACAAACAUUAAACUAUCUGAACCAGGGAGUCCAUCACUGUAUAACCUGGAAGCAGAUGAAGCCCCAUAUGCAGACUUUGUGUGAAGACGUCAUCUUUUCUCUGAUGUGUUAUAAAGAUGAGGAUGAAGAACUCUGGCAGGAGGACCCAUAUGAAUACAUCCGCAUUAAAUUUGAUGUAUUUGACGAUUAUGCAUCCCCUACAACAGCGGCCCAGAUUCUUCUGUGCACUGCGGCAAAAAAACGAAAAGAGGUGUUACCAAAAAUGAUGGCAUUUUGUUAUCAGAUUCUCACUGAGCCCAACAUUGACCCUAGAAAGAAAGACGGGGCAUUGUAUGUAAUUGGAUCACUAGCAGAUAUUUUGCUGAAGAAAAGCGUGUUCAAGGAUCAGAUGGAGUUGAUGCUGCAGAAUCAUGUCUUUCCGUUAUUCAUGUCAAAUCUUGGAUAUUUAAGAGCAAGAUCCUGUUGGACCCUUCGUUCAUUCAGCACCUUAAAAUUUCACAAUGAGCUCAAUCUAAAGAAUGCCGUUGAACUAAUAAAAAAGAGCUUGAUUGAAGACAAAGAAAUGCCUGUCAAAAUGGAAGCUGCCAUUGCACUUCAGUCCUUGAUAAGCCAUCAGGAACAAGCAAAGGAAUACAUUAAGCCCUACAUCAGGCCUGUCAUGCAGGAGCUGCUGCUUGUAGUUCGAGAGACUCAGAACGAUGAUCUUACCAAUGUAAUUCAGAAGCUGAUUUGUGAAUACAGCCAAGAAGUAGCCACAAUUGCUGUGGAAAUGACGCAGCAUCUGGCAGAGAUUUUUGUUAAAGUUCUGCAGAGUGAAGAGUAUGAAGAAAUGGAGGAUAAAACUGUUAUGGCCAUGGGGAUCCUGCAUACAAUUGACACGAUCCUAACUGUCGUGCAGGAUCACAAGGAGAUAACUCAACAACUGGAGAGCAUUUGCCUGCAAAUCAUUGGUCUUGUCUUGCAGAAGCAUGUAAUAGAGUUCUACGAAGAAAUUCUUUCUCUGGCAUACAGCUUGACAUGCCAUCUUAUUUCACCCCAAAUGUGGCACCUCCUGGGUGUCUUAUAUGAAGUGUUUCAACAGGAUUGCUUUGAGUACUUUGCAGAUAUGAUGCCCCUAUUGCACAACUACGUCACUGUUGAUACUGAUAUUUUAUUGUCAAAUUCCAAAAAUUUGGAGAUAAUUUAUACUAUGUGUAAAAAGGUCCUAACUGGGGAUGCAGGGGAAGAUGCUGAGUGCCAUGCAGCCAAACUCUUAGAGAUUAUUAUACUGCAGUGCAAAGGAAGAGGUAUUGAUCAGUGCAUCCCCUUGUUUGUAGAAGCUGUGCUUGAGCGCUUAACGCGAGGGGUGAAAACCAGCGAGCUCCGCACCAUGUGUCUCCAGGUUGCCAUUGCUGCCCUCUACUACAACCCCGAGCUCCUUUUGCACACUUUGGAGAACAUCCGGUUUCCUCAUAACCCAGAGCCUAUCACUGCGCAGUUUAUAAACCAGUGGAUGAACGAUACAGACUGUUUUCUUGGGCUUCAUGACAGGAAGAUGUGCAUCAUCGGACUGAGCAUCCUUAUGGGACUGCCGUCUCGACCCCCUGCAGUAGACGCUGUGGCUGCCCAGAUUGUCCCAUCUGUUCUCCUCCUAUUCCUGGGGCUAAAACAAAUGUGCGCCACCCAGCAACAUAAAGAACACGAAGAGCAUGGGAAAGCCGAAAAGAAUGAUGCAGAAGAUAGUGAAGAGAUUCCAAGUGAUGAAGAGGAAGUGAAUGAAGCAAAUCAGGACAUGCAGGAGAACCAUGCCGGGGGUGGUGGUGAUACAGGGGAUGACGAUGAUGAUGAUGACGAUGAUGAAGACUGGGAUGAUGAAGCAUUAGAAGAAACUGCUUUAGAAGGCUUCAGCACUCCUAUCGAUCUAGAAGAUGGUGUGGAUGAAUAUCAGUUCUUCACACAAGCAUUGUUAGCUAUACAAAGCCGAGAUGCUGGCUGGUACCAUUUGUUGACUGCACCACUCAGCACUGAUCAGAAGACUCAGUUGCAGGAAAUCUGUGCAUUAGCUGAACUCCGGAGAAACUCUGCAGAGUCAAAGAGGAUAGAACAACAAACGGGCUUCCCAUUUGAUAACAAAGGACUGGUCUCUGGAUAUAACUUUGGCACUGCUCCAGGAAGCAACUGAAAAGAGCUUAAAGAACUGUACAAAAACAUUUCAUUAUUAAAAAAAAAAUGUGACUUAUGAACAGGGAAUAUAAUCAAGAGGUCUGCAAGUUUUCUCCUUCGGAAAAGGCAGUAUUUGACCCUCUUCCCCCCCGCUCAUUAAGACAUUCUUUCUAACCAGCUGCUGUAAUGUAUAAAUCCUUGUGGGUAUUUUUAUAAGUUGUUGGACUGAAAAGAAAGCAUCUGUCCCCUCUUCUUUCUCCUUAGGAAAAGGGGGGAACCAGCUAUUUGAAACCGAAUGGAAUUGCACUUCUCAGGUUUUUGCCGUGUGAAAUUGAAGGGGUCCUAUGGAUAACAGUGCCUUCUGUUGUAUAUACGGAUUGCCCAACAAAAGAAUUUUGGAACGCAAUGCUUUUUAUUUGUUUGUUUGUUUGUUUGUUUCAAAGAAAAGAAAGGGCAUAGAAAAGGUCAUAAUUCAUACCUUGCUUUCCAUACUCUUGUGUUAACUUCCUCUAAAGAAAUCAUGGCUGUAUUGUGCCCGUCACCACAUUUUACAGUUAACUAUAGAAACCGUUGUUAACAUCCCUGGGUAUGUGUUGGCUUCUUCAUCAUGCCUCAUUGAGUUAUAAAAAAAACAAACGUCUUCGCGUUCACUGCUGUUACCAGAUGGUGAAUUGUUUUUAAAUUCUUCUUUAGAGUGGUCAGGCUUUGUGUGGGUUGGUUUUGUUUUGUUUUGUUUUUUCUCUCCAAACUUUGCAAAACGUCCUCCUUGUUUACCACGGAAUCCAUCUGCAUGUCGAUGGAUUCCUUUUGAGGUGCUCCCUCUGCUUACCUUGGACCAUGGUCUGGCCUAUGAAGACUCUCGCCCUACAUAGCCAAGAAUAGUGGCCUUAAUCUGGCAUCAUCCCCUGUUGGGAUUAGGUUUAAGAUAAACUAGGAGUCUCGAUCCUAAGACAUCUGGAAAAUCCCACUUUGUAAAGCAAGAUUAGUAACUGAGCAGGAUUUUUUUUUUUCCUUUUCUUUUGCCACUGUUGACCAUCUGAAAAAAAAUCCCAGUGUUCUCCAAAACACUUUUGAAAAGCACUGAAUUUUAACAGAAUUUAAUCUUCAACUCUGGAUCUGUUUGAAUGUGGAUCCCAAGCUUUUCCCAGUGCUGUUGUGGAUUUUGUGUCGUCUCAGUCAUGAGCUUGCGGACUAUGUAAAUGGUUAAAUCAA